UUGGCUGAGCCGGGAGCCGUACCGAGCUCACCCCGGGAUGGCGGCGGCGGGGCUGGGCCGGGCUCCGCUGUUGCUGCGCUACAGCUCCUGGCGCAACUUCACCUCUCAGACGGACGGGGAAUCGCGCCUGGCCCGGGUGCUGCGGGAGAAGUUUCCCCGGGCAUCAGCCAUCAAGGUCGUGGAUAUCUCAGGAGGCUGCGGUGCCAUGUAUGAAAUUCACAUUGAAUCGGAGGAGUUCCGGGAGAAGCGGACGGUGCAGCAGCACCAGAUGGUCAACCAGGCCCUGAGCGAGGAGAUCAAGCACAUGCACGGUCUGCGCAUCUUCACCUCCACCCCCAAAACCUGAUGCUGCUCCACCAAUAAAGUGCUCCAGGAGGUGCCCAGAACUGCUUCCCUGGCUCCUUUUCCCACACACUGGAGGGACCCACAGAUCCUCCUGCUCCUUCAUGCAUGAACUGUGGCCACAGCCCCCAGCAAAUUCCUCACC